AUGGAUCGAAGUAACCAUUCCUCUGGUGCCACCAUGGAAUUCCUGCUGCUUGGAUUCUCCGACUUGCUCCAUCUGCGGGGCCUUCUCUUCUUCAUCUUCCUUGUGGUGCACUUGGCUACUCUGACAGGAAACCUCCUCAUCCUCUUGGCUGUGGCUGUGGAGCAUUCCCGCCCACCAAUGCUCUUCUUUCUCUGCCAGCUCUCUGCAAUUGAACUCUGCUAUACCCUCGUCAUCGUUCCCAAGACACUGGCCGACCUCACUUCCCCGGUGGGGAGCACCAUUUCCUUCGUGGGCUGUGCCACCCAAAUGCAUUUAUUUGUGGCACUGGGAGGAGCUGAGUGCUUCCUCCUGGCUGCCAUGUCCUACGAUCGCUACGCAGCCAUCUGCCGGCCUCUGCACUACGCCGUCAUGAUGAGCCAGGACUUCUGCCUUCAGCUGGUCAUGAUUUGCUGUCUUGGCGGCUUCGUGGUCUCACUGGGCCUGACCGUGUCCGUCUUCCGCUUGCCCUUCUGCAGCUCCCAUCGUAUCAAUCACUUCUUCUGCGACAUUCCUGCUCUGCUCCACUUGGCCUGCACAAAGAGCUACACCAGUGAACUGCCCCUUCUGGCAGCCUGCAUUGUCCUCCUCUUGCUCCCCUUUCUGCUCAUCUUUGUCUCCUAUACUUAUAUCACCUUAGCUGUGAUGCGGAUUCGUGAUUCUGCUGGCCGGGGAAAGGCUUUCUCAACCUGUGCCUCCCAUCUGGCUGUUACCCUCUUGCACUACGGCUGUGCCACUUUCAUGUACGUCCGCCCCAAAUCCAAUUACUCACCAAGCCGGGACAAGAUGGUGUCCUUGGUCUACACCAACAUUACCCCCUUGCUUUACCCUCUGAUUUACAGUCUCAGGAAUAAAGAAAUCAAAGGUGCAGUGAGGAAACUGCUGCAGAAGAAACUGGCCCGACCAAAUUGGAACAUCCUUAAGGGUAGGUCUGGGCUAGGUAGGCCUGCUGCCCAGAAACCAUAA